AUGUCAGCCAGAAAGGAAUAUCUGCUCUCUUCGCCAAAUUACCCCACAACAAUGUCAUGCUCGGAGAGCCCGGCCGCGAACUCCUUCCUGGUGGACUCCUUAAUCAGCGCUGGCAGAGGAGCAGAAGCUGGGGGCUACUACCAGGGCACAGGGGUCUACCUGCCACAGGCUUCCGAGUUGUCUUAUGGGCUGCAGAGCUGUGGACUUUUCCCCGUUUUGAGCAAAAGAAAUGAAGGUGUCCCCCCCAGUAACACAGCCCCCACAUCACAAGGCUAUGCUCCAGGGAUGGAGGUCUGGCUAGAUGCCCCCAGGUCUUGCAGAGUGGAGCAAUCCGAAAGCCAAGCUGCCACCUCUUGCUCCUUCACACAGAACAUUAAGGAGGAGAACUCCUAUUGCCUCUAUGACUCGGACAAAUGUACUAAGGCUUCUACUGCAACUGACUUAUCCACUUUCCAAAGGGUUAACUCUGAGACUAGCCCUGCUCAUAAUACCAGCUCUGUUCCAGUGCCAGGAUACUUCCGCCUCUCCCAGGCUUAUGGCACAUCCAAGGGGUAUGGUGCUGGGCACAUUGCUGCUCCCCAAUUUGCACCACAGCCCCAAGUUCGGUUUGAGCAGCCCCUGCCCUUGACUUCAAUGUCCGCAGAGAAUGCCAGGAAAGACAGCGAGGAGUCCCCCCCUUCUAAGCUCCCUGGUGCCGCCGCCCAGCACCGGACAGAUGAGGAGGCUCACACGUCUUCAUCCGGCGCUGAGGAUUCCUCACCGGCUCCUUCUGACAGCAGCAAACACUCCCCGGAGAAAGAACCUGGAGGAAACUCGAAAGGUGAAAAUGGUGCCAACUGGUUAACAGCUAAGAGCGGCAGAAAGAAAAGAUGCCCCUACACCAAGCACCAGACCCUGGAGCUGGAGAAGGAGUUUCUGUUCAACAUGUACCUGACUCGAGAGCGUCGCCUAGAGAUCAGCCGCAGUGUGCACCUCUCAGACAGGCAGGUCAAGAUCUGGUUCCAGAACCGCAGGAUGAAGCUCAAGAAAAUGAACCGGGAAAACCGGAUCCGGGAGCUCACAGCCAACUUUAACUUCUCCUGAUGAGCUCCUCCAUAGAGAGCCAGUACUCUUCCUCCACAGUCACCUGAAUGUAUUGCCAGAGCUGUACAUCAU